AUGGAAGACGACGCGAGCAGAGUGCGGCAGCUGACGCUUUCAGUCCCUCGAAUCGAGGUCAAAACCUACCGCCGAGUUUGCACGUACGCCGACGGUCAGCGCAAGCCGGCGCACUUCGUCUACCAUGUGCAGUGCAAUUGGUCAGGCAUGCAGAGGCCCGGCUUAGAGUUCGGCUCCAAUGCUGAUCUGCUUUCUCAAGAGCGGGGCGACUCCUGCUGGUGGGAUUCCUUGCCAGCCUGCUACACCAUCAAGAGAAAGUGGGCAGACCUUCACAGGCUACACAGCUUGGUGGAUUCUGAGCUGGCCUUUGACAAAACUGGAGGCUUCCGCCGCGUGAAGACACGCAUGCCUCCGCUGCCGGAAGCUGGAGAUCUGAACGACUUUCUGGUGACUCUGGCAGCCACGGGUGAUGCAGCUUGGUUGCAGGUUCUGGCACUGAGCCGUCAGUGUCUCAGUGUUUCGAUUCCGAAGCUGUCGGACAUCGGGCAAUCAGUCAGAAGCCAGAGGUUCAUUCCGCUGCUUUUAUGCGCCUUUGAUGAGCUUAACCUGCUCCACACGAUCUACGUCGAGAAUCGCCUGGGCCCAUACUUCGCAGAGUUGAACAAGGUCUUGGCUGAAAUUCCCUGGCAGCUUCUUCAGGACUGCCUCCCGUUGAGAAACUUCGCAACAAGCGGCGUGAGCUGCCGGCCAAGGGCGGGCAGCAGAGGCAACACCUUCUAUGGCAAAGGACCCUUCGUCUUGGAGCCCAGCUUCUACCAUGCGGCGAGCAAGAAGGAGCUGCAGCGAUGCCGAGAGGCGCGCGAAGCGAAGACGAAGGCCAAGGAAGUCCCUGCGCCAGGCACAGAGAAGCCCAAGAAGUUGCGGCGGGUUGGACAGCCAAUCCUUGGCCAGUCCUGCCAGUCCGGCCAGCCCUGCCAGCCCAUCUUCUCGAAGGAUGUCCCGGAGGCUGUCGCAUCAAGGCAGCCGCACGAUGCUCUCCAAGUCCAACUCAUUGCCGCUGUUAGAGGCAGAGUUCGAAGAUCCGAUGUCACGAGAGUCGCCAGAGUUCAGCUGGGACGAGCUUCAAAGCUUGGAGGACAGCAAGAGUCAAGAAAGGCUUGCAUGCUCCCAUUACAGUUUCUUUGCCCUUCGAAUGGGCAAGAAGGAUUUGGCUCCCUGCGAGAGGGACUACUGGAAGAGGAGAAGCGAGAACUGGGGCGCCGAGCACAACUCCUGCCCCAGGAACUGCUGGCACCCCCCCGCUCCAGGCCGAUCGACGACUUGCCGGACGAAACGUCGACGUUCAGCAGCCGGAGCUUUUGGCUGAGCACUCCGGAUGCGCUAUCGGCGAGCCAAUCUGUCGAGCGCCUGCCGGCGUUGCCACCGCCGGGCUUCAACGAGCCUUUUCGAGAGGGAUCUGCGGGAACCAAGAGGAGCAGGCCAGUGUCUGAGCAGAAGUCGUACGGUGUGGGCCUUGCCUCCCUCAUGAUGAAGCCUGCAGAGAGGACGGAACACGGGGAGGUGGUGAUGCGCGAUCUCUGCGAGGGCUUUCAGGUCUGCCUCCUCGGCGAACCAGCCCCGCAGGUGCCGCGAAGUAUGCGCCUCAAGGAGCCCAUGAAGAUCUUCCGUCUUCCUGGCCGAGAGGAGACUAUGAAGGUGUACCGAGUAUACUGCAACUUGCUGCAGUCCGAAGGGGUGGAUGCUGGUGGUGGGCUGCUUCCUGAGCUUCCGCCCGACAAGGACGGCAAGAAGGCCAACUUGCACGAGACGCGGGCAUUCCACCAUCCUUCGCUGAAGAAGGCCAACGAGCAGGCCCGCCGCCGGCAGCGCCGUAACGGGCAGCUCACUGAGGAGAUUGCUCGGAUCUCAUGGUCUACUCUCUUGCAGUGGGUUCAGCACUUGGAAGACCUGGCCGCAGACUUCAGGUAUCGGUCCGUGACAGCAGCAUUGAACCGGGCCCUGCAUCAAUGGCGGAAGAAGCAGGCCACACCGCGUCAGCAGCAAGAGGGCGUGGACCUGUCAAUGAUCAUUCAGUGGACUUGGCCGGACGUGACUGAAGAGAAGAUCGCUGACAUGAUGCUGUGGAUCUUCGAGAUUGAGCUGAGCAAGUUCAAGCAGCCAACACCACGGCUGAUGGAUCCACACGACCGUCGGAUUCUGGAGGCUCUGUUUCGUCGGCUGGACGACAAGAACGUGGGCUCAUGCUCUCCGGAGGACAUCGCUGGCAGCAAAGAAGAAGACGAGAACGAAGGGCACAACGACAAAAUGAAGAAUAUCGUGGACGUCGAUACGGUGAAGGCCGUGGUUGGCCAAGAGUGCGUUGAGCUGCUGCCUUUCUUGGAGCUGAUGUGCGAGAGUGGUGUUCGAGCGCAUGAGGCUGCCACGGAGGUGCUGCUUGAUGAUGGGCGCAAGCUCGUGCUUCAGUACCGGCGGGCAGUCGACAGCAAGGUUUGGGUUUUCGACGGGACGCCUGCAGACGAGGAACAGCCUCGCCGGGUCGCGAGAGUGUUCGAGGCUGAGGUCAUCCGCUGGAGAGCUCUGGCACAGGCCACACAGCGCGCGGAGGCCCAGGCGGCCCAGGAGGCCUUGCUGGCCCAGCAAAGGAAGGAGAGGGAGAAGCAACAGAAGGAAGCCGGCAACGCCAAAGAGACGCAGGAGGAAGAGGAGGAGCUGGAGCUUCAGAUGGUGUCAUCAGACAGUGACAGCGAGCCAGAAGAGCAAGAGCUCGCUGCUGACUUGCAACAAUCACUGGGGAGUUCACGGACUGAGUGGGAUGAGAUGCGUUCGGAGCUGCACGCCUUCGUUGACGAGCAGCGAGUUUUCUGUGGGUUCCUGGACACAGAGCAAAGGUCUUAUCACGACCUCAUACGACAGGAGGUGACAUCUCUCUCACGCUUGGUUGAUGCAAGCCUUCGCAUCGAUCCCGGCCUCGAUCCUGCGAUGGGGUCGCCAACGUCACGGCCCACAUCCGUUCAGGUUGUAAAGCCAGUGGAGCCAUCGGCGUCGAUGGCACAAACUGCAAGGAGUCCUUGA